UUUCUUUCAAUCUUCAUCUUCUCGUUUGUUGUAGGGUUUAUGAUAAAGUUCUAACGAUCCAUUUCAUUCACAUUUUUGCUUACCAAAUUUGACUCUUCUCUUGAUUCCGUGCAGAUUACCGUGUCAGGGUUUGUGCUCGAAGCAUUCGUUUCAUUCUCAAACCCUUCCGACGUAAAAUGCGUGUUUCUGGUUGAUUUGGGCUGAUUGAAGUAUUGUUCGGUCUGAAUGUGUGUACAUUUUAGUUAUAGAUGCCUAGAUGGAUACUGAAGUCGGUCAGCCAAAACACGAGCGGUCAAGAACAAGGUGGACAGCAUCCCUUGAUAGGAUAUUUGCAGACUUGGUAGUGAAGCAAAUUCAAUUAGGAAACAGACCGAAUAAUGUUUUCGACAAGAAAACAUGGAAUACCAUACGUGAUGAGUUUAACAAGGAAACAGAUCUCAACUUCAAUAACAAUCAGUUGAGGAAGCACCUGGAUGUUCUGCGGGCGCGCUUCUAUAACCUCAAAUCAGCUUAUGAUCAAAAUGACUUUGCUGCUAUGGAGGACUCCUGUUGCAUCGGGUUUGACCUGUGGGAAGAAAUCGGGGCACAGGCUAGACCCAAGCCAGUUAAAAUCAAGGACUGUCCCAUAUAUGACCAACUUUGCACAAUAUUCACCGACUCAUCUGCUGAUGGGAAAUAUGCCCAGUCAAGCCACUUUGAGGGGUUGGACAAAGUUGUUGGAAAUGAUACCAGUAGCUUAACUUCAUGUCCAGAUGGAGCAUCCACACAUACUGAUAAUCCAUCAACCUCAAGAUUAGCCCAAAACAAUUUGUUGCCAGAAAAGUUGAUUGAGAGUAUUCCGGAGAGAAAAAGAAAAAGACCAUCUGAGGCACAACAUUCUUUGGAUCAGAGCAUAAAGGGGGAAGAAAUGUCCGAGGCUAUGGCAGGAGCCAUGCUAGCUAUGGUUGCUGCUUGGAAGUCAAGGUGGACAUUUGUCACAAAACGAAGUGAAAACAAAUUUAGCAUAACUAAUUGCAUUAAAGCAUUGGAUGAAAUAGAAGACAUAGAAGAGUGGCUCUAUUUUGCAGCUCUUGACCUCUUCGAACAUCUCAACUUAAGGGAAACGUUUAUUUCGUUAAAAAGCAGCAAGAUAAGGCUAACCUGGUUGAAAGGGAAGUGCAAGAAACCUCCAAUGACAUCUGUCCAGGGUAUGGGCUGAAUCUUUGGCUCUUUUGAAAAUGUAAAGAUCUUUACUGCAAUUGUUUAGUCUUAGGUAGCUAGUUUGUUCAUACAUUGGCUACAUAGUGCAUAUCGAUAGAUGAGAUGUUCUAGUUAUGGGGUUAUCGAUGCGCACAGGCAUGUAUGUGUACAUUUAUUUUUGCAAAUAGUGGAAUCAUGCUUUGGCAUUGGUUGGAUG